GGAGUCAGGAGAGUGGUGCUGGAGAGCCCUGAGGAGACUAUCAAAUGGCAGCUCUCGGGUGGAGGGAAGCGCUGUAGCAUUGCCAGCAGACAGAAAACAUGGAAAAAGCUGAGAAGCUGAGGCCAGCCCAGUCCUUUCCUUCUCUGUGCUGUUCUCCAAGGAGCAAUCCAGAGCUCAGAGCAGUUCUUCUGAGGAAAGCUGUGUCCGUCUCUGAACUGGUUGCCAGGUACCAAAGCAUCCUGGACUGUGACAGAAACAUGACUAAGCAAGAACAUCCCAAGCUCAUGGAGAGAAGAUAUCCACCACAGGCCAACGUCCUUUCAGUGGGGAAAACCUAUGCCUUAUCUCCAAGUCAUCCCAGCAAUAUGUGCUCAAGCAAGUCCAUGGAGGGUGUUCCCAUCCCUAACAUUGGUGCCCCAACAAGGAAUCUCAAAGGACUCCUGACCAACUCUGACACUCCCAAAGUCACUCCACACUGUAGGAGGUUACAUUGUGCUCCACUGAAGACACCAUCUCCCAAAGGCCUUUUGAGGAUGAGGGAGCCUGAUGCCAGCACCAUGACAACCAUCCAGCCCCUGAGCAUGGAGACCAAACCCCACAAAGACCCAUCCUUCCUUUCCUCUCUCCAGAGCAUCCAGAGGAAGGCACAGUGGAGUCCUGCCACCAUUAAAUGGAAAGAGUCUUCUGCAAAGGAAGGGAAGCUGUCCCACGAGAGGCCCACGAUCAUCUCCUCGGUGCCAGGCACAGCCGGUGACUCAGCCCCGGGCACAAGCUAUGAUCGGACACGGUCAUUUUUAGACACAUCAGACGACACUAUCCACAUACUUCACCAAGGACGAGGGAGGUCCUCUGCGCCCUCCGUGAAGGAGCUGUCGGCUCUCUAUCUCUCCCAGACAGCUGCCGCUGCUGCUGACGCCGGCAGCCCCGCACAGCCGAGUGCUGUGAAGGACAACUCCAUUCACUCUCCCCACAGGCAGAAAAAAAGCAAGCCCAUGUUGAAAGAAAUGUGUGCCUUCUGCCUGAAGCCCAUCUACUCCAUGGAGCGGGUUGUCACUGAUGGGGUCUGUGUGCACCGCUCGUGUUUCUGCUGCCAGGUCUGUGGGAGGAAGCUGAGCUUGCAAAACUAUGCUGCCCUCCAUGGGGUGUUUUACUGCCAAGUCCACUACAAGCAGAUGGCUGGAGCAGGAAGCAGAAGUGAGACAGAAAGGCUGGAGCACCGACCAGGAGGACCACAGCCCCAGGACUGGUGUAACAGGGCCAAAAACAGUGAAACAGGAGAGAAACCCUCAUCCUUCAAUGCACAGCGUGAUCUGCAGCUGGCUGAGCGCAGGCAAGAGCUGAACAGCAGGUCUGUCCUCUUAGGGAACAAGCUCAGAACAGUCUGGCCACCUUCAGAAACAGUCUUGUUGGCUGUGGAUGGAAAAGGCAGAAAUGGAGCGUGUUCCUGGAAGAAGCCUGCACUGAGCCUGCAAACCUACCAGGCUGUGGGCAGCAGGGCAGGCAGGAUGGUGUUCAGGGGGCAGGAGGGCAAACCAGCAGCAGAGGCAGCAGUGGAGAAGGGAAGACUCUUACCUGGCAUCACCUGUACCAAGGAAAGAGAGCAAGUGUGUUCUUGGCCCAGGAAUGGAGGACAGAGAGGCAAUGAAAAGAUUGGGGAUGGCGAUGUGCCUGAAGGGAAGAGAGGGGGAAAGGUGUCCCAGAGAGUGGCUGCAAUCCAGCAGGGCCAAGCCCAGCCAAAGAGAGGACCUGUCUCUGCCUCCUUCCCUCCAGUCCUGGAGCCUGUGAAGCCCCUGCCUCGUGGCUCCCUUGUCCCCCACACCACACCUCAAAGCACUAAACCCACCAAGUGGGUGGGCCUGGGGGGCACAGGGGCCUGCACCCUCCCUGCUGCAGAGGUCCCAGCAAAGGAAAACAGGGUCUGUGGGUCUCUGAGCACACCCAGUGAAGGAGACACAACACCUGCCAUGACAAAUAACAAGCCUAAACUGACCACAACCACCCCGGAUCCUGCAGGAGACAAGCAUCAUCUUGGAGAGGGAAUGAACAGCACACAGCCCACCCCUGUGCCUGAAAUCAGAGACUCUACAAUUAUGGAACUAAAAUGUGAAGCUGAGGGUACUGACACCCCUGAAAGUGAAGCUGAAGAAGCCCAUUCCCCCUCUGGUAUAUCAAGGACUUCUUAUGUAUCUUCUGGUUCCCCGGAGCUGGGAGAGCUGAGUGUAUUACCUGAGAUCACUGGAAUGUUGAAUGAGAAAUCAAAGGCAAACACCAAGGAGUUCCCUGUGAAACAGACACCAGUAACUUUGGGGGAAAGUAGGCAGCCAUCCAGCACAAGUGAUUUGCCUGGAAUUGAGAGCAAAGGGGCAGAGUUUGAGAAGACAAAAGAAGAGAAAGCAGUAAGUAUGUCAGAGCAUCUGGAAGAGCUUGGUGCUGAGCAAACAUCUCAGGAAAACAAAGCAGAAAAGAGCAGAGAUUCUUCAUCUGGUUUGCCAAAGAAGACAGAUGAUCAUGGUGUGUCCUGUCUACAAGAAAGAGAACGUCGGGACACAAGUGGCCCAAUGAAAACUAACACUCAUGAGGAUAUUUUGAGCCAUGACAUUAAAUCACCUGGCAAGGAUUUUCCAGGAUCAACAGACACACCUCUGAAAGGAACUUGUGCCACUUGCCCCUCACAUGAUGGGGUCAUCAACUCCAAGUCAGAGGAUUCCAGGGAAGUUCUUAGUGAAAACAUCUUGCACAUUUCUGAGCAACCAGCCAAGACAUCAGAAUAUUCCAAACCAAAUAUAUCCUUGGAAAAAUCCGGAGGCCACCCAGUGGGUGAGGAAAAAGUGGAUCUGAAACUCCUAGAGGAAAGAACUCUGCCUGUGUCACAGACUGGUGCCCAGAGCAAGGAGACCAGAAGCAGUCAAGCCUGCAGAGAAACACCAGGUAAAGGUUUCAGGUUCGGGAAAAAUCCCUUCAUUACACUUUUUGGCUCUGAAGACAAAGGCAGUGCACCCAAGAAAGAAACAACAACUCAAAGGAAACCCACGAAGCCCCAGUCAGCCCUUGUCACUCUGUUUGGUUACUCCUCAGAGAAGAAGCAGAGCCCACCAGAAAAACCUGCAGGAUCCUCAGAAAAAACAAAUAUUGAUGACGGGACAGAAAAUCCCCAGAGCCUCCUCAGCUCCUCCAGCCAAGCAAAAGAAAAGGCCUCUAGGAAUGAUCAGCUGCCACAGCCAGGAAAGAUGGAGGUCUUCCCUAAACAUAUCCAGGAGAGCUCUGGAGGUUUCUCAGACUCUGCUGAGGGCAAGGAGACAGACAUCCUAUUGUUAGCUCCUGGCACAAGCAUGUCACAUGAUGAUAAACAUGAGAAAACUGAACUUGACAUUCAUGACCAACUGUCUUUAAAUAGCCAGGUUUGGCAGCAAUGGGGCAGCUGUUGGCCCCCUCUCAUAACAACACAGGAAGAUCAGAAACAAGCUGCAGAAACCUCAGAAGGUAGAACAAACCCUCCACAUCCUCCUCCAGAGCUUGCUCCUGCUGUUGACAACAGCAAAAAUCUCACCAGGGUAGGAAAUCAUCAUGGUGCUCAUCCACUAGAAGCCCAGAACCUGUUGAGCUUGGAUGUCCAGGACACAGUGACAGAAGAUGGGAUACUUCUUUCACCAGGCAAUUCAGAAAAGUUAUCCAAGAAAGCUGAGCUGCAGUUUGGUAACAUGGGUUUUCUGGAGGACAAUAACUUGUUCUUUUCUGGAGGACAAGAUUUUCCCAGCAUAGCAAGUAAAACCCUAAAUUCAGACUUGCAAAACUCAGAGGCAGAAAAUCCACCUUUCUUUGAUCCAAAUACUUCAGAAUUAUUCCAGGAAAUCCCAGCAGAAACAAAUGCCCCACUGGAGCUGUGGGACACCUCCAGUCUCUCACUUCUUGAUGGUCAGGAUGAGAUUAAUAUUAGAGACCUGGAAGGGAUUCAGAGCUGUGCAAUGCUGCAGCAGCUGGAUCCACAGUGCCAGGCUCCGAAGGCAGCAGAAGAAAUGUUUGGAUUGGGUCUCAGUGCUGAAGACUCAAGAAACAAGCAUCUCUCUACACAGGAAGACAAUUUUCCCUUGACAUGCAUGUUCAGCAGCCAUGUUUCUGAAACCUUUAAUCAGGAUGUCUUUGAUCCAGGCCAGGAGGCUCCUGAAAAAAUGAACAGGAGCAGAAAAACAUCAGGAGUUGAAGAAGAUUAUGCAAGUCUCUCUUCUGAGGACUUGGAUGAGUUAAAUGAUGACUUUUCAGAGAAGGAGUUCUUUAUAUAGUUGAAAAAAAAAAAGGGUGAAAAGCACCCAGCCCUGCAGCACAAGGACCAAAAGAAAUUAAUGAAAUCAGUUUAGAAAUGCCCCACUCCUCUGGCACAAGACAAAUUCAGUUGUGCACAGACUGAUUUAUUAAUCCCUUAAGGAGCUAAAUUUAAGUUCUCUAUCCUGUCCAGAUUGAGUCAGUGGUCAGUUCCCAAAAAAGAACAUUGCAAGAACUAAGUUCAGUGUGAGGAACCUCCAAGUAGAGACCAACCAGCACCCCCUGUUCUCUGCAGCCAGAGGGCUUCUGCAGAGGGGAUCUGCUGCUGCCAAGGUGCUUCAAAGGAUUUCUGCAUGGAGGAGGGAAGACAGAGAACCAAAAAGGUUCAACCAGCUCACAACCAUGAACAACAAGCCAAUAAGAACUAGAAACUUGAACGAGAAGAGAAAAUGUCUCAGGAAGGAACUGAAUCCUUGGCCACAAAUGUACAAGUAAAAUGCAAUGGGCAAAGGCAAAGCUGAGCAGGGCAAGGUGAAAGUUUAGGUUUAGGUGUCUGCAGUAUUAACAUUUCAAGGUAAAGCAAAUGCUUAAGCCCACAUCAGAGUCAAUGGAGCAUUAGCAAGUAAGAGUCUGGGGAGUGAUUCAGCCCACCCUAAACCAGAAAACUGCACUUAAAGGGAUCAGCCCUCUGGACUCUGUGAACUGUGUCAAUCCAUCUCCACUCACCACAGUGUGGCCUUAGGGGUCUGUUUCACACGUAGACAACUACACUGAGACAUCCAACCCAAAACAUCAUACACCUUUUCACCGUGUGACUUGCCUACACUUACUUAUGAUGAUAUCUUACACCCCCCACUGCAUUUUUCCUUUUGUAAACUGCAAAGUUACUCCACACAAGAGGUCACCACCAUCAGCCUCAUUGUACAGUGACGUGCAAAGAUAAGUGAAAUGGCCUUGCCAAGAUCAGAGGGGCAGAGGAGGACAAGGAAUCCAGGUGUCUUGAAGCCUCGUGGUGCGGGGACAUUGCUACACCUGCUCUUCCUGUGUGAUUGCACUCUGAUCCCCUCUGACUGCCCUUUGCACAAAUAUUACAUAACAUAAAUAUUAGAGGAGUCAGCAAUUAUACUAAUCAUAAAUAUUAGAGGAGUUAACAAUUAUACUAAUCAUAAAUAAGCUCAUGAGAAACCUCAGAGGGUCAAAGAGAGGACAUGUGCCUUAGAUCAUAGGCAUAGGGACUGCACGCGCCUUAGGUCAUAAGAUCAUAGGGACUGCACGUGUUUUAAUCAGCUCUCUGUAUAAAAAA